GACGCUGAAAGGGAAGCUGGCGAAGCAGUACCCGGAGGCUUUCAGCAACAUCCACGAAUCUCCCAUCCUAGAAGACGACGACGACUUCGACCCCGUCCCAAAGAGCACGACGACCACCAUCGCUACCUCCGAGCAGAGCACCGAGUCCUGCGACACCAGCCCCGACAUCAUCUCCCCCACCACGAGUCAGGAUUUUGAGGAUUUAUCCCAAGGCCGGUACGAUUUCCCGGCCGUGAACGGACAGAGUCUCACAGACGAAGACACGGCCAACGACCUGGACUAG